GAGAGGAGGAUGGUUGACAUCACGAGGAACAAACCGAUCAAAGUCGCCGUCAGAGUCCAAGUUCCAGUUCGAGAUCAUCCUAAAUUUAACUUCGUCGGAAAGCUUCUGGGACCGAAAGGCAAUUCCCUGAAGCGGUUGCAGGAGGACACGAUGUGCAAAAUGGCGGUUCUUGGACGGGGCUCGAUGAAGGACCGACAGAAAGAGGAGGAACUGCGCCUCAGCGGCGACCCGAAGUUUUCCCACCUGAUGGAAGACCUGCACGUCGAGAUCUCCGCGUAUGCAACUCCUGCGGAAGCUCACGCAAGAAUUGCAUACGCCUUGGACGAGGUCCGGCGAUUCCUAGUCCCGGACUACAACGACGACAUCAGACAGGAGCAGAUGUGGGAGAUGCAGAUCCUCUCGACGCAGUGCCGCGAGGGCUCGCAAACCGCCGAGGCGCCCUCGAGUCCCGAGACAAAUUCCGACCCGGCAAACUCGCCAACGGCCGCGACCACGGCGAACUGCAUCGACGGGCAGGACAACGCGUCCAGGCCGACUCCUUCGCCGCCUAACCCGGCGACCCUGAAGACGCAGGGCACGGUCCUCCAGGCGGUCACCUCGACGUUAGGCGGCCGGAAGCGACCUCUGCUGCCCAGAGGAAAGCCAGCCAUGUCGCCCACCAAGAGGACCGUGAUGUCGUUCCUGGCGCGGGCCCGCGCCGCGCAGAACAACGACCCACUGCAGCCACCAUCUUCGAUGGUGGGCCCGACGCAUCCGCAGCCUCCGACUCCUCUGAUCCAAACUGCGCUGCAGCUGCCGGCAGGGGCGCUGCAGGCGGGUUCCCAGGCCCCGCAGGUCGCGGCUCAGGUCUCGCAGAUGCAGCUGGCGGCGCAGGCUCCGCACCCCACGGCCUCUCAACGGCAGUCCCUGGUACCUCCGCACACCCAGCACCAAGUGCUGCCCCCGGCGAUACACGGCCUCCUUCACGCUCACUUUUACAGGAGGGCCGCAGGCACAACAAUGGUCCCCAUCCUGCGGGAGGACUUCAUGGCUGGGGUCAACCUCGUAUAAAACUUCAUCCUUGACAUCAGAGACAUAUAUGGGCGCAAAGUCAUCACGUAGCGUAACUGAAUUUGCGAAUCUAAGAAAGGCGAAGUAUUAAUAAUCGUUGUCCAAUAAACAGUAACGGCACGAGUCACCUCUAUAGAGAGCGCACGGAAAAGAGAAGAAUCCUCGGGAAAAGCACAAUUGGGGUAACCUUCCCAGAUCAUGGCAACCGGAGUAACUCGGUAAUAGAACAAGUCGCACCUUUUAGCAACGAAUGCAUAUUUUACUACUUAAGGAAAGAAAUAUGAGAACGCUGACUGGAGCAUAUGUGUAAUGUGCGUAAUCGCGGAAUUUUUUUCUCGACGGUACACUUUCUAAAUGGGCAUUCACAAUCAUGCGUAAUUUUGGAACAACUCGUCCCUCGUAGUGUACAAUGAUUAAAUGGUGAAGUAAACCUUACUAUGUUACUCUGGUUCCUGCAAUUGUCUACCCAGGUUGUCCCAAAAUGGUUAGGAUUACCCUAAUUGUGGUUUUCCUGACCAUUCUUUUUUUUUCCCGUGCGGACCGGAUCGGUGCGACUGUACGAUGCAGAGUUCCCUACCGAGUUACUUAUAAUUUCUCGAAGGUAAUGAAAUUCUGAAAUGAUUAUUUACAGGUUUAAAGGUAAUAUCAUCGGGAUUUCGGGUAGAUACGCGUGCACGUACCGGUCGGACGAUCACGAGUGUUCGUGUUAGACCUCAGUCGAGUUUUAUCAGUAUUAGAUAUUAAAUUAAAUUAUUUUAACAGCGCUGAGCACUGUACCCUUUAAGUUCACGUCCGCUCCAGGACCGAGGUGGAGGGUUUGUCACUGGGGAAAAAUCUACAUACCGGUAACCGUGGUACUUUUUGUUAACAGGAAAUUUUCCUCCCAGCUUUUCUAUUUGCAGAUUCCUCGGCGCAUUCUUUGGCAACUCCCCUGCCAGCCACCGGAACUCUGAUUAUUUUUAUCGAUCCGUUUCCUUUUCGGUUACGUCGGGUCUUAAUUAAAGGGCCGCUGAAUCCUCGACAUUUUCACCGUUAAAAAUUUCUCUCCGGUCUUUUUCCUCUCCUUUUUUUUCAAGGAAUUCAGCGUUGUGGGAGAGGACUCCAAGUAGAGUCAUCCGCGUUAUGUAUUCGUUACCACGAGGCAAUUUCCCAACUGGAGACGACACUGGUCCAACAUACAAGCUGAACAAGCUAAAUGCGUUAAUUAGCGCUGAAAGCGCAGUUUGCAACUGCGCCGGUUUUGUUAUCAUUAUCACCUCGUAACAAGCGGACACGACCCUGCAUAUGGUUAUCCAGAAUUUUCUGCAGUGACAGAUAUCCUCUCAGGCGAUUUGCCGAGUGCGUUAUUUGCAUCCUCCCUCUAGAAAUCCGUAAAAUACUUAAGACGAUACGAGAGGGUCAUCCCAUACACAUGGAGACGUGAAAAUAUUUAUAAAAAAUUUUU